AUGGCAUCUCCGGGGGCAUCCACUGUGGAAUCCAUCGAUGUUGAUGCUAUCAUUGAGAAGCUCCUUGAGGUUCGUGGAUGUCGGCCUGGUAAAGGAGUCCAAUUAUCGGACGGUGAGAUACGGGCACUGUGUAACAAAUCAAGACAGAUCUUCCUCGAACAACCUAACCUAUUAGAACUAGAAGCACCCAUUAAGAUAUGUGGUGAUGUGCAUGGUCAAUACUAUGACCUUUUGCGGCUCUUCGAAUACGGAGGCUUCCCACCCGAAGCCAACUACCUUUUUCUUGGAGACUAUGUUGAUCGUGGAAAACAGUCCUUGGAAACUAUCUGUUUGUUAUUGGCAUAUAAAAUAAAGUAUCCUGAGAACUUCUUCCUACUUAGAGGCAAUCACGAGUGUGCUAGCAUCAACAGGAUAUAUGGUUUUUACGAUGAAUGCAAGCGCAGAUACAACAUUAAGUUGUGGAAGAUUUUCACGGAUUGCUUUAACUGCCUACCGGUGGCCGCAAUAGUCGAUGAGAAAAUACUCUGCAUGCACGGGGGUCUGUCUCCCGAGCUCAACUCCAUGGACCAGAUUAAACGGAUAUUACGUCCAACAGAUGUUCCCGAUACUGGCUUACUAUGUGAUCUACUCUGGUCUGAUCCUGAACAAGACAUCAGCGGUUGGGGAGAAAAUGAUCGAGGAGUCUCGUUUACAUUCGGCGCGGACAUCGUUCAGGCUUGUCUCAGAAAGCACGAUUUGGAUCUAAUAUGUCGAGCACAUCAGGUUGUUGAAGACGGAUAUGAGUUCUUCGCGAAAAGGCAGUUGGUGACGCUGUUUUCUGCUCCUAAUUAUUGCGGUGAAUUCGAUAAUGCCGGCGCGAUGAUGAGUGUAGAUGAAACUCUCAUGUGCAGUUUCCAGGUGCUUAAACCGGUGGAAAAAAAGAAAAAGUUUCCCACACUGUCAGAACUCGGCUACGACUAUGUUUUGGAAGAUUCCAAUGGCAUCUCUGACAAAGAAAUUGGCGAACUCGCACGCGAAUUCCGAGUAGUGAAUGUGAUCGGGGACGGUUUUGUGACGUCAGAAGAGGCCCGGAUAGCCUCCAGCCGGGCCGGAUUCUGGAGUACCGAUGACGAGUUCGCUGACGUCAAUUCGUUAUGCUAUGAUACUCCUGGGAAGGUCGCUGAUUCCAGGCUUGUAUCUCUAUUAAGGCGAAGUGCCAUAACAGAGCUGGAAGUCGUUGAGGCAUUUAGAAGCUUCGACCGAGAUGGUCGGGGUAAGCUAGAUGCGGCAGAUCUCGUCAACGCUAUGACCUCUAUGGGGAACGCGCUGCUAGAAGACGAGGCCUAUCAGAUGAUUCAUCAGGCUGAUCCAACAGCCAGCGGAUCAUCCGAGCGUCGACUAACGACCAAACUUUCCCUCGCGUUGUUUUCGGUCACGACUGGCAUCAGUAGCGAGGAUAGGGCGGUAUAUGACUUUGUUCAAGGCGUUAAGGGUUGUUUCGUAGGAGAAAAUAAAAAGGAGAUCAAAAAAGUUUUUACUCGUGCUCGUGUCUCCCAGUCGGGUGAAUGCCUUGCCAAGAACAAGACUAGCUACGUGUAG